AUGAAGCCCUUCAUUUCACUCUUUGUCGCCCUUCACUACCUAAGCUUGGCCUCGGCUACGAUAUACAAGCCCUCAGAUCAUAGUCCUAGGACCCGCUGCUUCCCCUUUUUUCGUAAGAAGGACAUACUUAAAGAAGUGAGAACACGGUACGACGAUGAAGAGGGCGAGGCCCUCCAGGUGGCCCGGAAGGCUUGCGAGAGUAACUUCCACGGCGUCUGGAGAAGAAGUACAACCCGUGAACGAUGUUAUAACCUCGGCCGUCACAAGCAUGUGAGAAUUACAGUUGAGCUCUCAGACGCGAGCCCCGAACCUCUUCAGAGCCUUGCUAGUGAGGAGUGCUACCGCAGACUCUCAGGGGAUAUCACCGACUGCCCGUGGGGGAGUGGUGUGUGGUACGGAGUCUGGCGCUAUAGGCAAGUAACCCUCCUACGCUGA